AGAGAGGCUCUUCAGACAGAAAUUGGAAACCCUCUAUGUCACCUCCAGAGAGUCGGCAUGGUUUCAUGCACGACCCCGACUUCUGCGAUGGUUUGAAAUCAACAUGAAAAGCUCAAAAAACACUGAAAGAAAUCCCAUGAAUUCCCAUGGUUAUGAACUGAUGCCACGGCGCACCCUUCCAUUGACGAUGUAUCCAACUCGCCUCCCUGCAAAUCCGGGCUUCUGCUAUGAGCUCCGUGCGGUAGUCGUGACAAGUGUAUUUGAUUCCUCGGACGCGGAAUGGAGGAGGUUGGACGCACUGCUGGAAGAAGGAGAAUUGCCCCAGAGUAAUCUUGAGUUCGUCUGAGUGAUGAUUUGUCUCUGAGGUUUACGAAUUAUGGCUGCGGUUUUCAUGUAGUACGUAAUUGCGGUGGGAGGAUCAGGGAGCUUUCUUGCUCUUAGUCUACAAGGGAGUUCUUAUCCCCUGUCUCUGAUCGUCUGGUAUCGAUGUCGAAUUCUGAGGUUCCCACGGGUUUCAUAAUUCUGGAGUUUCACCAGAAUUGUGCUUUAUACGGGAGCCAGAGUGAUUCCUUUGAAAGUGUUGAGAGAAUCCAAGCUCGGGAGCUGAAGAAAUUAGAUUGGCUAAGACUCAAAGACCAGCGAUUCUGCAAAAAAGAUCGGCAGUUGGACAUCUUAGUGGAGAAAAAAUUAUUGGAGAAAUUCUCAACUUACUUUCGUGCUCUCAACAGCUUCAGGGAAGCUGACUGCGAACGAAUCAUCGUCGACUGGGAUGUUGCUCUUUUUUGCAUUCUUCUAGAAAUGUUUCAUUCUGGUCAUCUUGAUAUCUUAGCUUCCAAAGUUGCAGCUCUGCUUGAGACUUCUGUGUUCUUUGGAGUCGAUGAGGCCAUCAUCCGAAUAAAUGCUUGGAUGACUUUAACCUUUUCAAGCAAAGACCCAAGAGAAAUUUUAUCUGUGCUGAAAAGUUUACCUGUGAUCUGGGAUGCAAGCCAUCGAUUUGGACAUUCUUCUUUGUUGAAUUUCUGUGUAGAGUUUCUGGCAGUCAAUUUUAUGGAGGCAAGAUCCAUGUCUUCUUUCAACGACAUUCCACAUGGACUACUGAGUGCCUGCGUCGACCACAUUCAGCUGACAGUCCACAGUGAAAAGGACUUGUUUGAUUCCCUGCGAUGCUGGUGUGAAGGGCAAGAUUGGGUUGACGAAGCUGAAGAGAUUAUUAGUGAAAGAAAAACGAGCAUCAUGAACAAGAUCAGGACUUCAUUAGUUCCGCUAUCCGUUUUAUUAGCAUAUUACCCUUCGAAAAAUUGCCUGGAUUGCAAUAACCGAACAAUCCGAAUAACGAACUACUUGGAGUAUUUGGACUUGUCAGGGUGCCAUGAAGUAGACGAUGAUAUGCUGUUUCAGUCAUCCUCAAGCGCACCUCUGCCCGCUCAUUGUCCUUCUGUCCCACCUGGAGAUAUUCCGCAAAUGCUUAUGCAAAUGCAAAUUAUUGAAAGCCCCUUUCCUGCCUUUCGCUACACAGAACCGGUUCGAAACUCUAAGUGGCCUGUGAUUCCAAAGUUCGAGAACCUCAAGAUUUUAAACCUGUCUUAUUGCAAUAAGAUUUCUGAGGAUGCCUUACUCUUGUGGUUAAGAGAAGCGUGCCCGCAGCUCACAGAGUUCUACGCCAAGAAUUGCCCUCAGAUUGGAUUCACCUUCUUGCCGCAUCUUGCCAAGGAGUGUCCGAACCUGGAGACUGUGGAUAUCUCUCUUGACAUCUUCAACUUGGAAGACAGAAAUGUCCAUAGAAUUUUAACUGAAGAUGAAAAUGAAUGUCGUUUAAUUCGACGGAAUUACCUUCUUUGGGGAGUUUCUCCCAUGUUUUUGUUGAGCAGUUUGUCGGUUCGAGGACGUUCUGAAGUAAGAGAUAGCGUGUUCAACAUCAUCGCUGCUAAUUUUCGAGGAGUAGAUUUAGAUGUGAGCAACUGCAGGAUGUUAACCGAUAAUGGUUUCAGCGAGGGAUUGAAACGGUUGCCGCAAGGAUUACGUUCUUUGAAAGCUCAGCGGACUUGUUUUGGACCUGAAGCAUGCAAAGUGCUUAGUUCACCACCAGUUACCGGGGGUGUUCGUAACGAUCUGACUAUACUGGAUCUGGAGUCUUGUCACGGUUUGACCCCAGAAGCAAUAGCGUCGAUAUUGAAGACGGAAACUACUCUCUCAACUUUGAAUUUGGGUGAUACUACACUCGAUGAUAUUGGCUUGUACCUUUUUAAGGGGCAUCGACUACGAAAGCUGUGUGUGAGAGAUACGAAGGUUUCAGCUAAAGCUUUAAAUUUUGUCCUGAGAAACAAUCCGGGAUUGGUGAGUUUAGAUGUGAAAGGGUGCAAAAGCGCUUGCAUCGAUGAAUACGAAAUACUGUUGAGCGGGGUUGAUGACAUCGAAAGCCAGAAGUCCCCUAACUCUAUUUCCUCUAUCUUUCGAGAGCUCGAAUCUCUUCAUUUACUGGAAGACUUUGAAGUUGGUUGGAGGUUUAGCCAAUUAGCUUUGGAGGCCAUGAAACCAUCUACGAAGCGCGUCAGGAGGCUAGUCGUUGGAGUUGGAGGUGGAAUUUGUAAUAUGGGUUUGCAGAAGCUUUCCAACUACUGGCCAUCUUUGGAAAGACUUAGUUUAUCAUUUCAAAUAAUCGAUGACGAUGGGAUAAUUCAAAUAGUAGACAGAUUACGUUCCCUCCAGAUUUUGGAGAUUCAAAAUACGAUCAGUCAUGUUACCCCAAAGGGUGUUGCUGCUUUAGUUAAUCGGUGCCCUCCAAAGCUCGUUCGUUUAAAACUGGACAGAGUUGUUACUGGGAUAACAGAUGGUGAUCUUCUUCAGCUGAGCAAAAAAUGUAACAAAUUAGCCUCUUUCUCUCUGGUGGGCUGCACACAGUUGACCGCAAGUUCAUUGGUUGCAAUUUCUCAGAACAUGCGUGCUUUGACUGAGUUAAAGCUUGAGGAAUGUGACGGUCUCACAUCCAGUGGAGCUCAAUGCUUACUUGACUCAUGCAAGGCGCUAGAGUGUUUGACUCUUCGUCAUAAUGGAAAAGGAUUAGAGGAUUCUUUCGUAAUGAAAGCCAAGGAUGAGCUACCCUAUUUGUGGUUCUUAUCGCUGGAUAUGUGUGACUCUCUUUCCAGCAGUUUUGAGACGCCAGAAAUGGCUCGUCGUGAAAGCCCUUUGAAUACUGCUCUGCUCUCUCGAUGCAGCUCUCCCGAAACGGGAGUUUUCCCUACCGCGUCAACGUCCAGGAAUGGUCGUCCUCAGAAGCGAAUACCGAGGGAUACUAUUGUUUUGCGAUGGACGAGAGAUCUGACACUGGCAUACUCAACAAAGACGAGGAUCUGAAGGAUGAGAUUGAUAGUCAGCCACUGCAUAAGCACCGAAAGUAUCAAACAUGUACAGCAACUUGUAGCGUCUAUCAUCCUCCGGUUUCAGAUUUCUGUGUGACCUCAUAUAACAGAAACUUUCUGUCGUGGUUAAUGGAUCCCUCCAUUCUGAAGGGUGUCCUGAUUGCAGGUUUGCAACCUUUGACUGCAGGUUUCAAUUGCUUUAGAUCGGCCAAUGAAGUGAGUUUCAAAUCUUGUGCUCUGCAAGAGGAAUACAAGAGAGAAUCAUCUUGUUUUGAACAAACGCUUUAGCCACCAUGUACAUGCAGCCUUUGGAAAGCUCCUUUGAAUCACAUUCGUGUGAGUUCGGUUUGAAAUUAUGCAUCUAGGCCCGAAGGAAAAUCUUCCCCAGAUGUUGCACUAAUGUCCAACAAUGUGCACAGUCAAGAUCCAUGCGGCCCACACAAGUUCAUGAAAUAGACCCUCAGUGAGAUACCGGAGCGAGGGAUGUGCAGAUGUGUAAUAAGGUGUAUGCCUGUUCCGCGAACAGAGACUGAGCUGCUGCAUUGUUAUACUUCCGACUCGUAGAGUGGUGGGAGCAUGAACCUUCAACGCCCAGAGAGGAUUGUUAUUAGACUAGUUCUUUGCUCUUUGUCUACACAAAUGACUUGAUUCUGGCUCACUAUGAAAGCUACUAGCGAGCUGAAUGCAGAAAAUCUAAUUGGUCUCACAAUCUCGUGGUCGAUUACCAAAUCAGAGUCUACAGUAUCUUACAGAUCAAAAUGUGUGCAAGUUAUUCAUACCUUCGGAGGUUUGUAGUCGAAACUAGCUACGGGUUGACGGUUCAGAAAAAGUAUCAGCAAACGGGAGUAUUGUAGGGACACUAGACUUCAUGAUGGACGCUGCGUAGAAUAUCACAGGUGCAGAUUUUUAUUUAAGUCCACCGCGUAGUGAAGCCUUUCUUCACGGGUUUUGCAGUUCAGCUGUUGAUCAUAUGAAGCUUUUGCCGACGUUCGGAUUUUUACUUCAUGCAGACGAGAAAUUUCUGAGGAUAUAAACAAGCUUGUUAUUCGAGGCUUUUGAUGCACAUAUCAUUAAAGAAGAGUAAC